ACGCGUCUCAGCGGAUUUAACCCUGUUGUCGCUGCAUUCACCUCCAGCGGUUAGAAUGCAUUUUACAUUUAUUCUACCGCUGUAUUUUCAAUAUGAGAAAUCACAUGCGUGGCUUUGUAAAAAUACGAGCAAUCAUUUAUUUUCUAUACAGAUGUUGGUGCUAACGUUACAUUUGUGACGCCGUGGGGGCGCGCAUGUGUGUAGUUUGGAGUCUUGGUCACUUGAUGGUGAUGAUGAACACAUUUUACCAUUUGUACAAAAAAAGAGCAAGAAACUACACUCAUCUUCGUAUUGCAUACGCUUCCACGUAGGAAGUUAAAAACACGCCCAGAGCUGCAGCCAAGCGAGUGGCGGCGAUCGAGAGCCUUGAAUGAAAACCCUGGGAGAGCGAUGACGGACUCUGAGGUGUCCGUGCUGCUGCACUGUGCCGCCUGGAGCGGCCUGCUGGAGUCUCAAGUACAAGCGGAGCUCUCCGACAGAUUCAACAGGCAGACCGAUCCCACCGUGGAGCAUCAAAUAGAGGAGGUGUGGACGGAACGGGUGUCCAAGGAGCCGUGGCUUUUCAACGGCUCCAAAUUCAGGCUGCACUCUUUCCGCUUGGCCUCGUCAUCCUCCGCUUCUCCCAAACACCCAGCCGGCACUCACCGGCCCCACGCGGCCGUCUUGGGACGGGAAUUAGAUCACUGCAGACGAAGCGAGGAGGACGACGACCUGUGCAUCAACGACUCGCCAGGCGACGCCAUCCAGAGCGGCUCGGCCGAACGAAACGGACCCGUGAGCUCCCAAGAGUCGGAUGAUCAGAAGGCGGCGCCGCUCCUCACGCUGAGACUGGGCCUCACCUGCUACAAAGAUUACCUGGGAACGAACUGGUCGCGUCGAGCGGCCGAGCUGCGUCGGCGUGGGGAAGUGGAGUUCGGGGACCCGCGGGCGCUGCUGGCUCAGCCUCUGGGCGUGGGCGGCGUCCUGUGCACGGACGACGGCCAGGUGGUGUUGAUCAGGAGGAGCCAGAGGGUGGCGGAAGCGGGGGGGCUCCUGGACAUCCCCGGAGGGCACCCGGAGCCAAAGGCGGUGUGCGAGCGUCUGGGCCGGCGCGUGCGCGAGGAGCAGAUCGGCGUGCACAUGAUGCAGCCGAGGCCCGUCGUCUCGGAGCUGUUCUCCUCCGUGUGCGCAGAGAUCAGAGACGAGGUGAAUGUUCCUCUGAGCUGCCUGGGGGCGCCGGUCCUGAUGGGCGUCGCUCUGAAUCACACCAGCGCCGGCAGACCAAGUGCUGAGUUUUACGUCAGCUGCUCGUUGACGUCUGACGAAGUCAGAAGAUUGUACCGGAAAGGUGGAGCGGAGGCCAGCGAGUCUACAGACAUUAUCUUUCUUUGCAAAACGGAGGUGUUGCAGCUGGACAGACGCAGCCCGCUGUGGUCGGAGCUUUGUCCUUCAGCUAAAGGAGCUGUGCUGCUUUAUCAGACGGUGAAGCCAGAAGACAGAGAGACGGCCGCAUCAGUAAAUACACCCCGAUGAUCAAAUGUACACGACGACCUGAGGAAUGUAUUACACUUUACUGGUGUUCACAAAGUACUGUGUACUUUUCUCGCCAUUUGUAACAGCAGUAAAAGUAAAAACAUGAUUAUUUUGAAUAAAACCCCUUGAUUGUGA